AUGAAGUACGUGCUGGUAUCAGGAGGUGUGAUCUCGGGCGUCGGCAAGGGCAUUAUCGCGUCCAGCACGGGCCUGCUGCUCAAGACCAUGGGCCUGACGGUGACGAGCAUCAAGAUCGACCCGUACAUGAACAUUGACGCGGGCACGAUGGCGCCGACGGAGCACGGCGAGGUGUACGUCACGGACGACGGCGGCGAGAUGGACCUGGACAUUGGGCACUACGAGCGCUACCUGCUGACGACGCUGACGCGCGACCACAACCUGACGACGGGCAAGAUCUACCAGCAGGUGAUUGAGCGCGAGCGGCGCGGCGACUACCUAGGCAAGACGGUGCAGGUGGUGCCGCACCUGACCAACGCGAUCCAGGACUGGAUCGAGCGCGUGGCGCAGAUCCCGGUCGACGAGUCGGGCCACAAGCCGGACGUGUGCGUGAUUGAGCUGGGCGGCACGGUGGGCGACAUUGAGAGCGCGCCGUUCAUCCACGCCAUGAGCCAGUUCCCGCGCCGCGUGGGCAAGGGCAACUUUAUGCAGAUCCACGUGUCGUACGUGCCGGUGAUCCCGCCGGGCCCCAACGGCGAGCAAAAGACCAAGCCCACGCAGCGCGCCGUCGGCGACGUGCGCAGCGCGGGCCUGCGGCCGGACCUGAUUGCGUGCCGCUGCGAGCGGCCGCUCGAGGACGCCGUGAUCCAGAAGAUUGCCAACAUGUGCCAGGUCGAGACCAAGCAGGUGCUGACCGUGCACAACGUGUCCAGCACGUACCACGUGCCGCUGCUGCUGCGCCAGCAGAAGCUGCGCGAGAGCGUCAGCGCGCUGCUGGAGCUGGACGGCGCGGGCGCGCCGGCGCCGGCCAAGGCGCUGGUGGACAACGGCGCCAGGAUGUGGCAGGAGUGGGUGUCGCGCACGCGCGCGCAGGACGGCGGCAACCUCGACACGGUGACUAUCUGCCUGGUGGGCAAGUACACGAACCUUGAGGACGCGUACAUUAGCGUGGGCAAGUCGCUCGAGCACGCGGCCAUGUACUGCAAGAAGAAGCUCCACCUCGUGUGGGUCGACUCGUCGAACCUCGAGGACACGGCGCUCGAGGAGCAGCCGGCCAAGUUCCACGAGGCCUGGCACGCCGUGUGCACGGCGGACGGCAUCCUGGUGCCGGGCGGGUUCGGCGUGCGCGGCACGGAGGGCAUGAUCAAGGCGACGACGUGGGCGCGCACCAAGAACGUGCCCUUCCUGGGCGUGUGCCUGGGCAUGCAGCUGGCCGUCAUUGAGUUUGCGCGCAACGUGUGCAACAUCCCCGGCGCGGGCAGCGAGGAGCUGCACCCGGGCUGCGAGAACCCCGUGAUUGUCUACAUGCCCGAGGUCGACCGCACGAAGCUGGGCGGCACCAUGCGGCUGGGCAAGCGCGAGUGUGUGUUCCAGCCCGGCACGGCGGGCUGGUCCAAGUUCCGCGCCUUGUACGGCGACGACGUGGGCUCGAUCCACGAGCGCCACCGGCACCGCUACGAGGUGUCGCCCGACAAGAUGGAGGCGAUUGAGAAGUCGGGCGAGUUUGUGUUUGUGGGCAAGGACGAGAAGGGCGAGCGCGUCGAGGUCAUUGAGAUCCGCAACCACCCCUUCUUUGUCGGUGUGCAGUUCCACCCAGAGUACCUCAGCCGCGUGCUGGCGCCGAGCAAGUCGUACCUGGGCUUCUUUGCCGCUGCGGCCGGCGUGCUCGACGAGGUCACGGCCUCGUCCAGCGGCAAGCCCUUUGUGGUGUCCAAGGACGUCGACGGUGUGUAA